CCAAGAAGGCCAACAGCAUCCUGGCCUUCAUCAGGAAUAGUGUGGCCAACAGGACAAGGGGAGAGAUUGUCUCCCUGUACUCUGCACUGGUGAGGCCACAUCUUGAGUACAGUGUUCAGUUUUGGGACCCUCACUACAAGAACCUUGAGGUGCUGGAGUGUGUUCAGAGAAGAGCAGCGAAGCUGGAGAAGGUUCUGGAGAACAAGGCUUAAGAAGACAUCUGAAGCAACUGGGGUUGUUUAGUCUGGAGGAAAGAAGGUUGAGGGGAGACCUUAUCACGCUCUACAGCUACCUGAAAGGAGGUUGUAGCAAGCUGAAGGUGCCAAUAAUUUAACAGUCAUCCAAAUGCCAACGAAAAUACAUCUAUCAAUUGGAGACUACACUGAAAUCACCUGUAUUUGGGAAAAAUCUGUUAUGAGGUAUAGAGUAAGCUGGUAUCUUGUUAAUAAAGAGAACAUCACCAAAACUGUAUCAUCAAAACUUUCCUAUGUAUCCAACGUUGCUUGUGAAAGGAAGGAUGUGCUAGUGAUAGAAUCUGCCAACAAAAAUGACACUGGAUUUUACUACUGUGAAAUAAUUAUUGAAAUACCUUUCUGUAAGAAAAUACGUGGAAAUGGGACAACAGUGAUUGUUGAAGAGAAAGAAGUUCACUCAUUGAAAAAGAGAGAUUUGGAAAUAUUGGCCAUCGUUCCUGUCUUAGUAGCAGUGGGAAGUUUGUGUCUUUGCUACAAAAAGAAACAGCGUUCAAAACUUUCUGGUUCUGCACAGUGGAGGAGGCAUCAGGAGGAGCAGAUGCUUGAAGCUGCAGAAAUUCAUGGGCCAAAUGAAUCCACUAGCGAAGUAGCUGAGGAAAAUUCAUCAUGUAAUUCUGUUAAAUGGGCUGUAUCUACACUUUAUGAAUCACUUGAUUUUUUUGCUAAUGAAUCAAGAGGAAAAGGUGACAAACCCACUGCGACUAUUGGAUGCAAUGCAGCAGAUGAACAAACCAGGGAAGCUGAAAAAAAUCUAGAACAAGACUGAGACAAGGAUGUACCAUCCACUUUGACAUUCAGAACUAAAAGGACAAUGUCACAGACAAAAUAUGACUAAAUAACUAUGAAACUGAAAACGACGAUAAUUUGCUGCUGAAGGAUGGAUUGCAUAUGUUUCCUGUCAGAAGCACAUCAACAGGACAAUAUACGAGAAAAAAGCUUGGUUCCCAGCAGUCUCUGAGUGUUUUGGCACUAGCAAAACACUGUAAGGAGUGUGGAUUUGGAGGGUAUGUCAUUUUAGAGGACUGUCUUCAGCACUUCCCCCCAUGUCCAGAUAAUAAAGGAUGUAUUAUCUUACUUUGAAAAGUCUUCUGGACUGAACACCAUUCUCCAACAAAAGCAUUACUUCAGGCAGCCCAUGCAUAAAUAACGGAAGAUACAGAAAAAAAUGCACAUGGUGGUAAUCACUGGACCACAAAGACAGUAGUACACAUAGGAUGGAGUCUGAUCUUUGCAAUUACCAUCAGUGCUGACCA